AUGCUCUUUCAGGUUUCUAUGGGCACCAUGCGACACCGAAGAAAUGGCAAUUUUGAGAGUUCCAGACUCCUCUAUUCUAGCAUGUCUCGCAGCAUAGAUGUGUCCUGCAGUGAUGCCGAUUUGGUCAACUUCAUUCAAGAAAACUUUAAGAAGAGAGAAUGUGUCUUUUUUACAAAAGACACCAAGUCAAUGGGCAACUUAUGUAAAUGUGGAUACCCUGAAAAUCAGCACAUAGAGGGCACUCAGAUUAAUACCAAUGAAAAAUGGAAUUACAAGAAGCACACUAAGGAGCUUCCUACUGAUGCCUUUGGGGACAUUCAGUUUGAAAACAUGGGAAAAAGAGGAAAGUACAUCCGUUUGUCAUGUGACACAGACUCUGAAACACUCUAUGAUCUCAUGACCCAGCAUUGGCACCUGAAAACCCCUAACCUUGUCAUCUCUGUCACUGGGGGUGCAAAGAACUUUGCGCUCAAGCCCCGGAUGCGCAAGAUAUUCAGCAGACUGAUCUACAUUGCCCAGUCCAAAGGGGCCUGGAUUUUCACAGGAGGCACGCAUUACGGGCUGAUGAAGUACAUCGGGGAAGUGGUCAGAGACAACACCAUCAGUCGGAGCUCGGAGGAGAACGUGGUGGCUAUUGGCAUAGCAGCCUGGGGCAUGAUUUCCAACCGAGAAAGUCUGAUUCGCAGUGGUGAUAAUGAUGGGUACUACUUGGCCCACUACAUAAUGGAUGAUCUGAAGAGAGACCCCCUGUAUUGCCUGGAUAAUAAUCACACCCAUCUCUUACUGGUUGAUAAUGGCACCCAUGGACACCCAACGAUAGAGGCAAAAGUACGAACUCAGUUAGAAAAGUACAUUUCGGAGCGGAUUAUCCCAGAAUCUAAUUAUGGUGGUAAGAUCCCAAUCGUGUGUUUUGAAUCCAUCAAUGUGGCCAUCAAGAGUAAGAUUCCCUGUGUUGUGGUGGAAGGCUCUGGCCGGAUUGCUGAUGUUAUUGCUAGCUUGAUGGAGGCAGAAGGCACUCUUGCUUCUUCAUGUGUCAAGGAGAGCUUGCUCAGAUAUCUGCCUCGCACCAUUUCAAGGCUCUCGGAAGAGGAGACUGAAAGCUGGAUCAAAUGGAUCAAAGAAGUUCUUGAGAACCCUCAUUUACUGACAGUUAUCAAAAUAGAAGAAGCUGGAGAUGAAAUUGUGAGCAAUGCCAUUUCUUUUGCUCUAUACAAAGCUUUCAGCACCAAUGAACAUGACAGAGAUAACUGGAAUGGGCAGCUGAAGCUGCUGCUGGAGUGGAACCAGUUGGACCUGGCCAGUGAUGAGAUCUUCACCAAUGACCGAAACUGGGAGUCUGCUGACCUACAGGAUGUCAUGUUCACGGCCCUAGUGAAAGACAGGCCCAAAUUUGUCCGUCUUUUCCUGGAAAAUGGCUUGAAUCUGAGAAAGUUCCUUACCACAGAGGUCCUUAGAGAGUUGUACACGAACAACUUCAGCAGCCUGGUUUUCAAGAACCUGCAGAUCGCAAAGAACUCCUAUAACGAUGCACUCCUCACAUUUGCAUGGAAGAUGGUUGAAGACUUCCGACGAGGUCUCAAAAGAGAUGACAAAAAUAGCAAGGAUGAGAUGGAGAUACAUCUUUCAGAUGAAUGUCCUAUCACAAGGCACCCACUGCAAGCUCUGUUUAUUUGGUCAGUUCUUCAGAACAAGAAAGAGUUGUCUAAAGUCAUUUGGGAGCAAACCAGAGGUUGCACUUUGGCAGCCUUGGGGGCCAGUAAGCUCCUGAAAAGCAUGGCAAAGGUGAAGAAUGAUAUAAAUGCUGCUGGUGAGUCUGAGGAACUCGCUAAUGAGUAUGAGACAAGAGCAGUAGAGCUGUUCACUGAGUGCUACAGCAAUGAUGAAGAUCUAGCUGAGCAGCUGCUGACCUAUUCCUGUGAAGCCUGGGGAGGGAGCAAUUGUCUGGAACUAGCAGUGGAAGCUAAAGAUCAGCAGUUCAUUGCACAGCCAGGGGUGCAGAAUUUCCUUUCCAAGCAGUGGUAUGGAGAGAUUUCAAGAGAUACGAAGAAUUGGAAGAUUAUACUAUGUCUGUUCUUUUUCCCUUUAAUAGGCUGUGGUUUCAUCUCAUUCAGGAAAAAGCCUGUGGAGAAGAGUAAGAAACUCUUCUUGUAUUAUGUGUCUUUCUUCACCUCCCCCUUUGUGGUCUUCUCCUGGAAUGUCAUCUUCUACAUCGCUUUCCUGUUGCUCUUCGCCUACGUGUUGCUUAUGGAUUUCCAGAAGGAACCUACUGUCCUGGAGAUGAUCCUUUACGUGCUGGUCUUCAUUCUGCUUUGUGAUGAAGUGAGACAAUGGUACAUGAAUGGCAGUAAGUAUUUCUCAGAUCUGUGGAAUGUUAUGGAUACACUAGCAAUCUUCUACUUCAUAGCAGGGAUUGUGUUCAGGCUUCACUCAUCUGAUGAAAGCUCUUGGUAUUCUGGGAGAGUCAUUUUCUGUUUGGACUACAUAGUUUUUACUCUGAGGCUGAUCCAUAUUUUCACAGUUAGCAGGAAUCUAGGACCCAAAAUUAUUAUGCUGCAGAGGAUGAUGAUAGAUGUCUUCUUCUUCCUCUUCCUCUUUGCUGUGUGGAUGGUGGCCUUUGGUGUGGCCAGGCAAGGUAUCCUGAGGAAGAAUGAGCACCGCUGGGAGUGGAUAUUUCGAUCUGUCAUCUAUGAGCCAUACCUGGCUAUGUUUGGCCAGUACCCUGACGAUGUUGAUGGUACCACCUACAACUUUGACCGCUGCACCUUUUCUGGGAAUGAGUCCAAGCCCUUGUGCGUGGAGCUGGAUGCCAACAACCAACCCCGCUUCCCAGAGUGGAUUACCAUUCCCCUUGUCUGCAUUUACAUGCUUUCAACUAACAUCCUUCUUGUGAACCUGCUCGUGGCCAUGUUUGGUUACACUGUUGGAUCAGUACAAGAGAACAAUGACCAAGUGUGGAAGUUCCAGCGUUACUUCUUGGUCCAAGAAUACUGCAGUCGCUUGACUAUUCCCUUCCCUUUUGUCAUCUUUGCCUACAUAUUCAUGGUCAUGAGGAAAUGUUUCAAAUGCUGCUGUAAGAAAGAAAGUAAAGAGCCAUCUAUUUGUUGCUCAAAAAAUGAGGACAAUGAAAUUCUGGCAUGGGAAGCUGUCAUGAAGGAAAAUUACCUUGUCAAAAUCAAUACCAAAGCAAAUGAUUCAUCAGAAGAGAUGGUGCAUCGAUUUAGACAACUGGAUGCAAAGCUCUCUGAUUUGAAAGGCCUGCUGAAAGAGAUUUCCAGCAAAAUCAAAUGA